AUGGCGGACGCGGACGCCGCCGAGACCGUCGGCGCCGCGUAUAUGCCGGUCGCGCCGCCGCUGGUUUCGCCGGACGCCGCAGUGCCUCCGCCGAUGGAGGCAGAGACCAUCGACACCCUGCCGCCUGUGGCCGCUGACGCCAUGGAGGCCGCCGUCGCGGCUAUGUCGGUCGCUCUGCUUCCUCCACCGCCGGAGCAAAUGGUAGCGACUCCUGAACCUUUCUCCUCUAACUCCGUGAGGAGCCCUCCGAUCAAGGGCUUAUGCUUAGAUUUCUUUUGUGCGAUCGCUGGGGUUUUGGGGCUCUUUCGCUUUUCCCCUGGAUUUCGUAGAUCGUUAUAUGCCACAACCAAGAGUCAGUCUGUGAUGGGUGGUGGAGAGGACUCAGAGGAGGAGUGUUCGCAAGGUGAAAUCCAUGAGGCUGUUGAAAGCAUUGAGGUUCUGCUAUCUUCUCUUGCUGAUAAUCAGAAGCCCUGUGACAUGAUGGGCUAUAUCACAGAGAGGAAUGAAUGUGAACAGGACAGAGAAUCUCUUCCAGAGAAGCUGCCUGAGGUGACCGUUCAGGCUUUGGGGCAUUUACUAGAAGAGGAGCAGCCAGCCAUGGCUAUUUCUGAUAACAUCAAGGAAAGUGACAAACAAAUACCACCUCCACCACCAUGUCCUUCAGAAGAACAGCAAAAACCUAAGGACAAUGGUUAUCUUUCAGACGAUCCCCCUAACUCUAGUGACCAAAGUGAUCAUAGUGAUGGUGAACAUCAUUACGACAUUCCAAUAUAUAAUCCAUACAAGAAUGACCUGUUUCGAUUUAUGCAUGGAAGAGAGAGAAGAAAUUGUGGAUAUUCAUGUAGUUGCAAUGCCAGAAGAAACCACAGGAAUGAUGACUAUCCAUUUAUGUAUGGCUUUAGAAACCUGUGGAAUCCCAUGAGGAGUUGUUGGUCUUGGCCCUCUCCAGAACCAGACUGUGAGAAAAGCUACACUGUGGGUGCUGGGCUAACCAAUCCUCAUUUGUGGACAUGUUUUCUUAAUUGCGUACUCCAAUGUAUGGUUCACACUGUUCCUCUUGUAUUGAAGCUUUGGAAAGCUGAUCAUCCAGAUCCAUGCCCUCGUGCUUCUAUUGGAUUCUGUUGUUACUGCUCCCUAAAACAGCAUGUCAAUGAAUCUAUCAGGCUCUCUGGAAGUUCUUUCUACCCUGAGAUUUUCAUUAAUCGCCUGAAAUCAAUUUCGUCAGAUUUUAAGAGUGGAGUACAACAAGAUGCGCAGGAGUUCCUCCGCUGUUUGCUUGAUAAAUCGGAUGAGGACUCCAUUGCUCCCAGGUCCUCUGAAGAAUCCUCCUCCUCUGAAGAAUCCUCUUCGACUGAAGAAGGUAGUGUGGUAAAAGAAAUAUUCAGAGGGUGCUUGAAAAGCCAGGUCUAUAAAUGUUCCGUGGCUAGCGCUUUGGAAAACGCAGCAUAUCUUCUUUUCUAUGUGAAGCAAGGUUCAUCCCCGUGGUUCUCUACCUUACUUGAGAAAGAAGACAAGUGUCCACUGGAUGGUUCAGUUAGCUUGGAAGAACAAGGCGAAAUUGCUCUCGUCAACAAAGAAGAGGAGGCGGCAUCUUGUCAUGGGCAAGGAAAUGGACCUACUCUCGUCGACAAAGAAGAGGAGGCGACAUCUUCUCAUGGGCAAGGAAAUGGACCUACGUUGCCAGACCUAUCUGAACAGUUACAAAGGAAUGGAAAUGGCAAUACCUUGUCGGAUGCAUCAGAUAAACUGGAAGAAGGUUGCAGGCUGGGUGAAACAUCAACAGGAACACAAGGACCUAGCUGUCUUAUUGGAUCAGGCGACAAGAAUGGCCAUGCCGAUGGGUGUUGGGAGCCAUCAGGUAAGAUGAAAGAUGUCAGGCCAAGGGGAUCACUGAGCAGGAAGGAAAUGAAGCCAAGCACAUGUGGAUCUUUAGAAGUUGAUCAUGCAGUUACACAUGGAGGCUCUCCUCUAAAGAAUGAGAAUAAUUGCCACUUGCUCCAACUUUCACAUAAAUGCAAAGACAACUGUGACUCUUUAGAAGUUGAUCAUGCAGUUACACAGGGAGGCUCUCCUCGAAAGAAUGAGAACCAUUGCCAUUUACUCCAACUUCCACAUAAACGCAAAGACAACUGUUGUCACAGGAAUCUCUCCUUGCAAGGUGGUGGGGAAGAAGGCAGAGGAGGAGGGCGUGAGAGUAAGAAGUGGAAGUCUGCCGGUGGUGGUGAGAGUAAGAAGUGGAAGUCUGCUGAUGGUGGUGAGUCCAAGGCAUUAAGGAAGCGCAGGAAGACGAAGCACCGCACCGCAGCAAGGCAGUUCGCUUUCUGUAGGUGGAGAGGUACAGUAGGGAAAUCGAAGACGAGGCUAAGGUGA